UUUCUUCUUCUUCUUCUUCUUUGCUAUAUGUGAUUAUUUUGUAAUAUUUUUCCAUAAGUUGAUAUGAAUCCAAAAUCCUUGGACUUUCGAAAAUAUGCAUAGUUAGUAUCUUUUCUUUCAUGCGGUUUAAAUAUGCAUAAAUCAAUAAAUCAAUUAGACGUUCAAGAUUUUAUUCAGCAUAAUAUUCAAAUUUAUAAUUAAUUCAUUAAUUAAUUAAAAUUAAAAUUUAUUGAAGAUUAUUUUUGGAAGAAUCGUUAAAAAUGCUAAAAUGGACAAACUAUGGCAAAAUUAAAAAGUAUAAUGAGUUUUUGUACCCGUAGUCUUUUUCGGCCUAAAGUGUAAAUAGCUUGUGUUUUCUUAUCAUUCUUAACCAAAUUCCUUAUUUUUAUUAAACACAAAAUGAUUAGAAGCAUUUUGAAAGUGAAGGGAGUAAAUGGUAAUUUUACAAAUUAUUGUUAUGGUUUUCAAAUUUGGUGAAGAACAGAGUUAAGAGUAUAAUGGGUAUGGCGGGAGUUUCCCUCCCUCCAUUCCAUUUAUUGGUUGAACGAAGUUUUGAUAAAUUGAUAAACAUAUAGUGAAAGAGUUGAGAUUGUUUUGAGUUUGAAUCUGCAAAACCCAACAAAAAAAUGUUGAAUGGUUGGGUUGUUUCAGUCGUCUUCAUCACUCUCCUCGUUUCUCUCUGCAAUCCAAGAGGCGUUUCCGACAUUAAAACUCUUGAUUUCUCUCAAACUCACACUCACACCCUCUUCUCUUUCCUUUCAACUCUUCAGUACGAUUUCUAUCGAGAAUCCUGCCCCAACGCCGAGAACAUUGUAAGAUCUUCCGUGGCUAACAUUUACUCUCACCACCAUGAUAUCUCUGCUUCUCUUCUUAGACUCUUCUUUCACGAUUGCUUUAUUCAGGGCUGCGAUGCUUCCAUCCUAUUGGAUCCCAUUACAGGUGAUGAAACCUAUUCCACUGAGAAGCAGGCUAUCCCCAAUUUGACCUUAAAGGGUUUCCAUGAGAUUGAUCAAAUCAAGGAAGAGCUUGAAAGGGUUUGCCCACGCGUUGUUUCUUGUGCCGAUAUUCUUUCCCUUGCUACUAGAGAUGCCGUCGUUCUGGCUGGUGGCCCCUUCUAUCCAGUUUUCACGGGCAGACGAGACAGCACGAGGGCGUACUUUAAAGAAGCAAUGGCAGACAUGCCACGACCGGACGACAGCAUCAAUCGCACUCUUUAUCUAUUUGCAACAAGAGGACUUGACGAAAGAGAUAUGGUCAGUCUUUUAGGAGCGCAUAACAUUGGAAAGAUUGGGUGUCAGUUCAUUCUGAAUCGUCUUUAUAACUUUUCUGGAACCAACCUACCAGAUCCAUCAAUUGACCCUGAGUUCCUAAACCAGAUGAGAUCCAAGUGCCAAGAGAAGGAGAACAAUGACAACAGUGGCAGUCAAGAUCACAUGUCUCCAGCAUCAUCCCCAGUUUCAAAGGAGGCAUCAGUAGAGAAGCUGAGAAGGUCUACAUUGGACAUGUCAUACUUUCAAGAACUGUCAUCUGCAUUGUCGUCAGAGGGAGGUUUCGACACUCAUUACUACAAGAGCUUGUUGAGUGGGAGAGGAUUGUUGUAUGCUGAUCAGCAACUAAUGGCAAACGAGAAGACUGGAAGACUGGUUCAGGGUUAUGCUUCUGAUGAUGGUUCUACCUUUCGCAGGGACUUUGCAAGGGCUAUGGUCAAGCUAUCGGUUCUUGAUGUUCUGACUGGUUCUCAAGGUCAAAUCCGUGAGAGAUGCGGGUACUAAAUUGCAACAGCAUAUUCUUUCUUUCUUUCUUUUUUUUUUUUUUGUUAUGAGUCGUUCUUUUAGUAUCAUUGCUCUGUUCUCAUUCUUGAACAAAGCUGGAUAUCUCUUACAACUUGUUUAGAAGUCGAUUGAUGUUAAUAUCAGGAAUGUGUAUAAUCGAAACUUCUCACCAACAAAACCAAUAAUAACCAUGUUCUUCCUGCGUGCUAUAUGGCCACCAUAUAUAUUGAGUUUGGGGUAUAAAUGAAUGGAUUUCACAGAUUUCACCAAGGUAAAAAUAUGGAUCCAUAAAUGUCAGUACACCCUCUUCAUGCCUAUUUGGAAUGACUUUUUAUAUGAAAAUAAUGUGUCUUAGCACUGCAUUUGUAAAUGGUGGAGACUGAAACAUGUCUUACUUAAAGUAAUUUGUGUACUUACAAACCCAUUGUGGAUUUCCUUCUCCAGUUUUUGAGCCCUUUUUAGAAUCUUGUCAUUCAUACAAUAUACUAAGAAAGUUCAAUGUACUUCAGGGCUAUUUACCCUUAGGAUUAGAGGGGAGUGGAGUGGGCUAUUUUAG